CAAUCCUUGGGAUUUGCAUGAGGAUGUGGGACAGGUUUGGGGCUGCCAGUCCCUGCCUCAACCCAGGAUGGGAAGCACGUCCCUGGCUCCCACCUGCCACACUGCAGCCUCCUCCUGGACUGUUUUAACURUUUAAUUUAUUGUUUUAAUUUCCAGACAGGCCUUAUUUAGAUCUUAUCUGACUCACUUAAACACUCCGUGGUGGCUGAGGAUGGUCCUAAGUGAACAAUAUAAUCCCAAAAARUAUAAACACAUCCAAAUCAGCUCUGGGAUGGGAACUGAUGCUUGAUGGAUGAUAUCCUGGAAACAUGAGCCAUUACACAGCCUGUUGCUUCUGGAUGUAUUUCCUCUGGACCGGAGCUAGCUUUUAUUUUAUUGUUUACAUCUUUAAUUGAGAAAAAAACCCCGCAACUCAUCUCACUUGGCAUCACUGGAGAACAAAGGGCAGAUGUUGCAGUGCAGGACAUUGUUGACCACCCUGGCGUGGCGGUUCCUGGGCAGUGGCAAAUCCUGGUCCCUUCUGGUGUCAGUGGUGACAGCCUGGGGCUGGACCCCGACCCGAGGGGCUCAGGGUAUCCUGUGCUGGAGCCAACACUCGUCCCUCGGUGCUUUGUGUUUCCACACUGAACUGUUUUGUUUCCUGAGCAACAUCUCCAGACAAAGCGUUGUCCAGCACGAGUCCCCCGCGCCUGCCCUGUGGGAGGAAGCACAGGAAAGGUGUUCAGGCUCCUGAGUCUGGAAAACCAUCAUUCCCUUCGUUCCUUCAAAGGCUUCCUGUUGGGUGGAAAACAAGGUGCGUAAGCGUGCUCCACCACGCUGUGCACGCAACCUGGUGAUGUCUCUCUGCUGUGACCAGGGCAGAGAGAGCUCCUGUGCUUCUCUGGGAUGGGGGGAAGGUCUGAAUCCAUGGAGGAGAGGUUCUGAGCAGGUGGUGGARCAGGGGUUCACUACUCAGAGGUGCUCUGAGGGCUCUGCUGUGUCACUCUGAGCUGGGCCAAGUCCCUUGACCUGCCCCUGCCCACUGGAAUUGUGCAGCUGGAGAGUUAUCAGGUUUUUCUGACUCUGAUUUUCCCCUGUGUGGGAAGCCAGGGAAGCUCUGAGCUUUUCCAAGCCCCAAACCAGAAAAAGUGCAUCACAAAGCACUUGGCUUUCUGAUAACUGCUAUUCUCUGGAGUUCCAGGAAGGUCCUGGGAAGCUUCUUUUWAAGAUAAGGUGGCUCCAUAAGAGCUCAGCUCUCAUUCAGACUCUGAGUCAGGGGUUUCCUCAUUGCACCAGUGCCACAAUCAGGGUUGUGGGAGCGGAAGAUGAAACCUUGGCACCACGUGUUUGUCCUCAAAAUUCCCAGACUCAUUGCUGGAAAGAGCCUGGCARUGUGGGAGCAGCCCUGGCCAUGGCUUGUCCCAGAGCUGGGCUGGGGGCUCCAGCAGCUGCUGGAAAAAUCUGGGAAGUGUUUCUGUUAACACAGGAUGGAAGGAACAAAAACCCCAGUGCCAUUAAUCACCUGCUUCGGCUGAGUGUGCACAUUUGGUGGGGGAAUGUUUACAAAGCACUUCCUUUGCUCAGAGGCCUCUUGGACCCUCUGAGAAUUAAUGGCACAACCUCCUGAARGGAUGCGUGGUGUGCCCAGUGCCUGGAGCUGCCUCUCUGAAGAGUUCCCAGAUGKGAAAGGGACAGGUCCUGCCAUGACAGGGGAUGUAAAGGUGGGCACGUCCCUCCCUCAGAUCUUUGGGAUUUUCACCGGCCUUGGCAGGAYGGGAUGGGGCAGAAUCGGACUCAUCUCUCCACAGGGAGCUGAGCAGGAAUGAGGGAGUGAUGCCAGACACAGUGUGAGACCCAGGGCACUGCUUUGGGGCUGGAUAACACUGUGUCAACAUCUCUGUGCCAACACUUUCUCCAUCUGUACCACAGGAACACCUGCUUCCACCCCUGAAAAUACCCUGCUCUAGGAAUAAAUGCACCCCCCGACAGGGCUGACCACGGGCUCAGGCAUUGCUUUUGGAGAAGGAGCUGAGAGGGACCUUUUCCUGUGUCCUCAGCAGCUGUUGGGGUCAUGGAAGGGCUGGUUUGCCAGGGGUUCUGGGGGAGUGAUGGAGCCUGCAAAAACAAGCCAUGGAGAUGGAUCUGAGCCACAUCCUGGGGUGCAGAUGACUGURCAGUGGGAUAAAGGGGCCCUCUGCAGCAAUUCAGGGACUCUUCAGGACAGGGGCUUUCCCAGGUUUGGGGGUGCUGCYGGCUUGGCCCUCAGCUGGGUGUUGUGCAAGAGAUGAACUUGGAAGAAAACCAGAAAUCUCCCUCUGGAAAUACCCCUUGGGCUGGAAGUUGAGGAGGUCCUGGGGCCGGUGCUCCUGGGGGCGGUUCCUACAGGGCUUAAGAAGAGUUGAGGUCGGAGCUGGCUGCCAGAAGGACACAGCCCCAGCCAGAGGCACCCGCUCCCUGGAAGAGGGGAAGGAAGGAAGGAAAGAAAGAAGAAAAACCAGCCCUGCUGCUGCCCUGUGGGUGAUGGAACUGGCUCCAGUCCUUCUUCUCCUCGUCUUGCUGUGGGGAUGCAGUGGGCGCCCCGCUGACAGGCUGGUGGUGACACCGCAGGAGCCGCUGGUGCCGUUUGGGGGCUCGACAGAGCUGAACUGCUCCUUGGCCUGCGCAGGGGGCAAGGUGGAGUGGAGGGGGCUGGACACAGCCCUGGGGACCAUCUCCUCCUUCCCCACCCACAGCAUCCUGCACAUCAGGGACGCCACUGUGGCCACGGAGGGCAUGAAGAUCUGCCAGGGCAGCUGCCACGGGCAGCACUACCAGAAAACUGUCGCUUUGAAGGUAUACGCGCUCCCGGACGCGCUGAGGCUGGAGGCAGCUCCCCACWCCCUGCGCCCGGGGCACCCCGCAAAGCUGAGAUGCUCGGCCACGCAUCUGUACCCCAUCACCGGGGUGGCUCUCACCUGGUACCGGGGGCAGCAGGCGCUGGACAACACCGAUUUCCAUGAGGAGGAGACUGAUGAGGAGCUGUAUGACAUCGUGUCCACCCUGUCAGUGACUGGAGCAGAGGUGGCAGAAGGAGUGGAGUUCAGGUGCGAGGUGACGCUGCGUGUUGGGCAGGAGACCUUCACCAGGGUGGCAUCUGUGGUGGUGAGCGCUGARGCUGUGACAGAGGUCACCUCCACGGAGAGCCCCAGCACAGCCAGGCCCGUGGCCACCACAGCACUUAGCCCAGGGUCGAGUGUCCCUACACGUGAUGCCACCACAGCACAGAAAUCUGACACUGGGAYCACUCUGGAUCUGGCUGCUGUCACCAAACCCCCCUCCACGGGGCACGCUGUGCCCUGGCACCUCAUCACACGCAAUCCCACAGCCACCACCACGGGGACAGGGCCAUCUGUGGGGACAGUGCCCACCUGCAGCCUGCAGAUCUGGUCACUGCCACCCACCGGGACGCGGGGCAGGGCCCUGCGCAUCGAGUGCCGGGCACAGUGCWCCGGGAACGCCACGGUGGGCUGGCUCCGGACCCCGGCAGCCCUCUCWCAGUACCAGGAGGAGUCUGUGGGCAGCAGCUCUGCGCUGUGGCUGGACCGGGCUGAGCCCUGGCACCAGGGCCGCUACCUGUGCGUCCUGCUCGGCCACCGCGCCCAGAUGGUCAGCCUGGAGGUGGUGGUCGAGGAUGAUUCCUUCAGCUCAAGCCUUGCCAUCGCUAUGGGGACAGCGGGCUCACUUUUGGGGCUCAUCGUGACCGCUGCCGUGUCUCGACGCCUGUGGAAACGAUUCAGAUCUCGGUAGCAGCUGUCCUAG